AUGGGAACUCAGCUUCAUUUAGACCCUAAGCAGAAGAAUUGGUUAAGCCAUAAGCCUUCUGAUCCUCGAAAAAAAGAUCGAGAAUGUGUUCAACCUCUUUUUAACAGAUCGUAUAUGCCCAAUCCUGAGUUUCAAAAAGCACUCUCAGCAAAAAAAAAUGAACAAGUACAUGAGAAUUCGACUUCUUAUCGACCAGAGGGAGAUUUUCAUCAUCGAACCGCAUCCAGCCCUGUACGACGCCGACAAUCCAUUAGUUUCAGGUUAAAUCGUGCAAAUCGGCCCAAAUCUCUAUCAAUUGCCAGAAAUCGAAGAGCUUCACGAAAUUUUCGGAAUUAUCUUUCUCCAUCGUCAAAGAAACAUAUCCGUUCUGAUAGAGGCUCUUCGUCUGGGAAUUCAAGCAGGAGCAUCAAAUCAACCAAUGGACAGCUGGAUAUUCUUUCCCCCGGCCAGUUAUCCCCUGUAAACAGUUUCGAUUUGGAAGACCCCUUCAUGUCAGAUCACUCUUCCGCAAGCAGCCUGUCGAGCUAUACGUUGUUGCAGUCCAACGAUCAAUAUUGCAGUGAAAAAGCGAUGAGUUCUUCCUCACCCAAAAAAGAACAUAUUCCAAAAAUUACAAUAAGUACUUCUGAUCUUAAACCUGUACCUUCGACGGCUUCCACUCGUCUUGUUCAAAUGCGGCAGCAUGCUUAUACUCAUAGCGACGUUACUGACAAAUCCCUGUUGACCUGUGAAACUUAUAUUCCACUUGAAGAACAGGGAUUCCUUGGAAGAUUCCUUUCCUUAUUUUUGAACGUCGAUGUAAGUGCUUAUAUGGUCCCUAUCGAUAGUUCUGUUGAUCGUUACGGGAAGACAUUGGGAAGCGUCCUUUCUCGUCUUAGAACGGAAGAAUCAAAUGAUAUCGAGAAAAAUAAAUUUAGCGAAUUAAGUACUGAGUCUUCAUUCAAGAAGGGGAAGAUCUAUUUGGGUGGUAUAUUAUAUAAAUUAGGGUGGUCAAAAUUAUACGUGGACGAUCGUUUUCGAAUAACCGUUCAUCCAUCUCCUCAUAAUAAACGUUGUGAAUUUAUACUUUGUUUAUGUGAAACAUUAAUGCUGUAUGGGUGUCCAAGCCAUAAAAUACUGCGAAAUCUGCGGGUAGCUUCUCGCAUAUUAGAUCUGCGUGCAAACUUUCUUUACCUCCCUGACUGUAUGCUUAUUUAUUUCAGGAAUGAAAAAGAACAUUCAGAUAUGCACUUUAUAGGCAUAACGUCACAGAUUGACUUGAACAAACUUGGUCUGGUGAAUGAAAUUUAUCGAUAUGUGAUGCGGGAUAAAUUAAGUGCUGAGGAUGGUUUGGACAUUUUGAGAAAUAUUACAACUUUUCGUCCUCUUUAUCGGAAAUGGUUGGUUGCUAUUAUGCAUGGUCUCGCCAGCGCUUGCAUCUUGCCGGUUGCCUACGGUGGAGGAUGGUAUGAUAUGCCUUUAGGAUUUUUGCUGGGGUUGUUAUUGGGGAUUUUGAGAGUGUAUCUUGCUCCCAAAUCAUCAUUAUUUGACAAGCUGUUUGAAGUUUUUGGGGCCGUUGUCUUGUCAUUCAUAGGGCGGGCAUUUGGAAGUAUCAGCAAGCAUGGGAGGCCGGUAUUUUGUUUUACAGCUUUGGUUGAGGGUGCCGUUUCCCUAAUCUUACCAGGUUAUAUUAUAUUUUGCGGAGUGCUGGAGUUACAAUCCAAAAAUAUAGUCUCCGGAGGUGUUCGCAUGCUUUAUGCUGUUAUUUUCUCUUUGUUUUUGAGCUUCGGUAUCACUAUCGGUGCUGUUCUGUAUGGUUGGAUGGACACUAACGCUACAAGGAAUUAUUCAUGCCUAAAAGAUAUUGGGAUUGAAAAAAAGUGGUAUAUUCUUUUUAUACCUUUAUAUACGCUUUCUUUACUGUUUGUUACACAAUCGCAUCCAAAGCAGUGGUGUAUGCAGAUUCUAGUAUCUAUCAUAGGCUAUGUUGUUUAUUUCUAUUCUUCAUUGCAUUUUGGUACAGGUCAGAUUUCUAGUGCUCUCGGUUCUUUUGUGAUUGGGAGCUUAGGUAAUUUCUACUCACAUUUUAUUAAAUCUUCUUCCUUUGUUGUUGUGAUACCUGCCAUAUUCGUUCUAGUUCCCUCAGGAUUUACUGCUCAAGGUGGUGUGAGUGGCGGCUUAUACACUGCAACUAAUAUUGCAAGUCAUAAUACAACGACAAACACAACUACGUACUCUCAGUCUGGAAGUCAGUAUAGUAGUCUAGAGUUUGGUCUUACAAUGGUUGAGAUUGCGAUAGGAAUCGCUGUCGGUUUCUUUGCUAGUUCGAUCAUAACCUAUCCUAUUUUUGGGGCCUUUGCUAGAGCACAAGCUCGUAACAAACAUCUUGAAAGUAUUUGA